UGCGCGAACCCAGAAGUUGCGCACACGUCAAAUGCAAAUGCCCAGCAGCCGCGCGACGCAAAAACAAAUGUAACCACUAACUGAAUGUCUCACGGGGCAGUGAUACAGAGAUAAUUCAGCAAAAUCUGGGUAGAGUUAACCACCCUCCAUUUAGAGGAUUCUUGUUUACGAGGUUGAGGACACUGAGCAAUGGACGUAAGAUUCUUGUAACCAGCUACUUCCGCUACAAAGUAAUACAGUGACACGCCUUAGGAUGUUUAACAUGCCCCCAUUAUGAUGUAAUUUCUUAUAUCCCGGAGUUACAAGUUGUUUGGCAGGUAACUGUCGGGAAUCUGACAUGUAAAGCGUUUCGAAAAUUGCCGCCCUAGUCGGCUCCGCACAGCCAUAUAGAACAUGACGAGCCAGUCUUGGCUGGAGUCAUCGCUCCACCGUUCCUCCAAACUAGGACGUGAAGUGUUGGAGAGGGCGCGCAAACGGAGUGUGCGCUGGACGAACACCAGUCCAUAUGACAGUCGCACUUCAGCUGAAUCGACUGCCACUGGAGAGAUACACCUACCAGAAGACGAGCAGAUAAUGGACCACCCAGACAAUCUUCAUAAGAGUCUGGAUAAUGCCUUUGACAGAAUAGUAGAGUUCAUGGAUCAUACUUCUUACGAAUGCAAGAACUUCUACAAGUUGGUUCCAGAGCCCAGUGACCAUGAGAGGCAGCAUGUAUGUCACUUUCAUUCAGGUAGACCAGCUCUACCCGGUCCCUCAACUCUACCUCCAGCUACCUCCAGUAGGAAACGUGUGCCUGUGCCUGUUAAGGACUCUGUAAAGAGUCAGUGUGGAGCUGAGGACUUCCACAUUGUGCUGUCACCAGGAAGCUAUGCCAUCACUGCAGGCAUACAGGGCAACACUCCACAGACUCAGGUGGUGCGUGUCAGCCCUGGAGAAAGCAUGAGCCUGACCUUUAACCUUUGACUUCUCAUUUGAUUUGUUGGAUUAACAGUGAGACUUUCUUUGCAUCGAAA